CAGAGCUAUUAUCCGAUUCAUCUUUCAAUUAAUCUCUUUUUAAUUAGAAUUUAAACUGCGUCACUUUAUAAGUACUUACAUCGCUGUAGCUAGAAAUUCUGAUCUACCCUUGAAAAGAACAAUAUGAUUAAUGAUUUCUAUGGUGUCCAUUAAAUAAUCACUAGACGCGUCUGUUUCAUGUUGGCUUUAACAUUGAACUAAAUCCAAGCCAAUAAAAUAGGGUAGUUAUUUUAAUGUGGGCCAAAGACGAAACAAUGGAAAGAUGGAUAUCGAAAGAACUAUUGUUAUAGAAAGCUCGCCGCCGAAAAGGACACGAAAGAAAAACUUGGUCAAACAGUUUGCUCUUUUCAGCUGGAUAGUUCACAAUGCAUUUUGGCCGCUUCAACGGGUUUUUAUUAAAGAUGAUUCUCUACUUGGUAACCUUUUACCAUACGUUGCCCUUCUUUGCAAGCGUCUCCAUGUCUCUGCUUCAUAGCUAUCUCUCCUCAUCGGUCUCCUUUAACUUGGAUACGAUAUACUUGAACUGGAACUCUACUUUUCCGGCUAUCACUGUAUGUGAGAUUUACAACGCUGAAAGGAUUUGGGAUCUGAGUGACUCUCAUUUUGGCGUGGAGCACGAUAUGCACAUGGAUGACUUCAUUUCCGAAAUUGUAUUUUAUCGAGGGGUCUGCAGCAGCUGCGAGGAUUGCUCCAAGAUGCGGUGUCCUGCCAACUUUACCCUGCUCGUGGAUGUGUUCCGCUCCAAGUGCAAUCAGUUACUGGUGAAUUGCACUUACCUAAACGAGCUUUUCGACUGUUGCGAUCAAUUUCUACCUCUUCCCACGGAAUACGGACUGUGUUUCUCCUUCAACUCACAUCAGGCCCGCAAGGUGUCCCAUGUUCAGUUCACUAAUAACCGGAUGACGGGACCGGGACACCUCAAUUUUCAUGCCGCCGCCGACAUCCAGCUGUACGUCCAUGCUCCUAUCGAUGUGCCGUACCAGUUCUCCGAGGGCAUGAUACGGGAGACGGUGCUAUUGGGGCACUACAAAGAGCUGAUCCUGAAUGUGAUAGAGGUGCACAACGACGAGAGUGUCCAGGAUCUGAGUAUGGAGCAGCGGCGAUGUCGCUAUGGCAAUGAACAUGUGCCGGAAAGGCAGGGAAUCUACGAAUUCUACAGCUAUUCGGGUUGUGUGGUGGAGUGUACCGUGCACCUGCAGCUAGAAAAUUGCAACUGCACCAGCCACUUUAUGGCCACUCCUGGUCAGAAUAACCUUGCUGCCUGCGACUAUCGCGGUUUGAUCUGCCUCACCCGGAUCCGGGACAAGAUCAUGACGGAGCGCAAGUCCUGCGAGUGCAUGAGCUCCUGUGAGGAGCCGGAGUACAAUAUUAUCUACAACUCGGAGGAUGAGGAUGAUGAAGCCUCAGAUGAUGUCUCUACAAUCCGAGUGGCUCUCGUCGAGCUGCCCACUCAACGCUAUGUUCGUCGUGUGACCAAAACUAUCCUGGAUUUCUUGAUUUCCCUUGGAGGUCUGGUUGGCCUGUUCUUCAACACAUCCGCUUUGCGAAUCGUGGAAGCCAUUGUAAUCUGUCUGCGAUAUAGAAAAACCAUGGUGAAUUGGGUUAAACGCUUCAUUCUUGGCACGGUUAAAUAUUUACAGAUCUUGGACCAGUCGAGGUGA